AUGGCAGGUCAUUUCCAAGCUGACGAGUUAGAAAGAAUCAAACCUGCUAAGAAGACAUGGGAGAUUUUUAAUGUUGAUAUAGAUAGAUUAGACUUGGAAGAUUGGAGAACACCAAUUAUCCAUUUCUUGCAGGAGCCUAAUAUUAAUAUGGAUAAAAGAGUUCAGCUUUUGGCAUCUUAUUAUAUUUUGAUUGAUGGAGAUCUCUUCAAAAAGAAGGGUGGGCUUUCGAUUUUAUUGGAAACACCACCAUCUACGGAUGGCUACACUCAUAUUGUGGUGGCAACGAAUUAUUUUACAAAGUGGGUGAAGCCUAUUCCAUUAAAGACCUGUGAGCAGUCAACAGUAAUUAAUUUUAUCAAGAAGCACAUUAUUCAUAGGUUUGGAAUUCCAAAGACUCUCACCACAGACAUAGGCCUUUCCUUUGUUGGAAACAAAGUUCUUGAUUAUUGUGCCGAGUAUGGUGUCCAAGUGAUCAGUUCCACUCCAUAUUUUGCCCAAUCAAAUGGACAGGUUGAAACUUCCAACAAAGUAAUUUUCAACAUCCUUAAAAAGAUGAUUGAGAAUCAUCCAAGGGAGUGGCAUCACCUACUUUCCGAAGCUCUUUGGGCUUACAGAAAUUCAAGAAGAUCAGGUACUGGCGUCACACCAUAUAUGCUUACAUAUGGACAUGAUGCCGUCCUGCCAAUGGAGAUAACUAUUAGGUCUGCAAGGGUGGCUUUCCAAAAUAAGCUAACUCCAGCAUAUUACAACCAUGCCAUGUUGGUGGAAUUGAAAGAUCUUGAUGAAGUCCGUCUUAAUGCCUUGGACCAUAUUGUUGCUCAAAAGAAGAAAGUCAUGCGGGCAUACAACAAGAAGGUUAAGGCAAAGGCAUUUGUUAAAGGAGACCUGGUAUGGCAAGUCAGAUUUCCACCAAGAGUCAAAGAUAAGGAAUAUAGAAAGUGGACCCCUAAUUGGAAUGGUCCUUACUUGGUGGAACGAGUCCUUGGAAAAGGAGUUUAUAGAUUGAUGGAUAUAGAUGGAGGACCUCACAAGCAUCCUGUGAAUGGGGUAUACUUGAAAGAGUAUUACCCUUCCAUCUAUGAGAACUGA